AACCGAACGCAAACUUUUAUUCGGAAAGUGGUGUUUUCCUCGGAAAAUGCAGUAAACGUGGCACUCUCUAAUUUCCCGCGUUUUACUAGACAUAGUUGAUAUUUCAUGAUGAGUAAAACAAUUGGUCGAAAACACCGGUUGCCGGACUUUUGAAAUAAAUAUUAUUAUUGAUCGUAAAUUUCAAUCAACUUUUAGUAUGUAUUAGUUUGGCCUGGUUUUAUUGUGUUGAUAGGAACUACAACGGACGCAAUUAUUCUAUCAGUCUAUUAAUCUGACAGAAAACGGAUGAAGAUUGACACAGAGGUUGAUGACUACAUAAACUGAUAUCAUCGGUCAUCGCCAAUAAGAUGCCUGUUUUAAGAAAAAGAGCGCAGGGGGACAAUAAAUUUGUGAAUGGGUUGUUUAUACAUUCAAACCCCCCUAGACUUUUACAACUGAAUUCUGCUUAUAUUAGGCAGCUGAUUAGACAAGGUGAUGUGGAAAAACUGGAACAUGCCGUCCUAGAGGGACAAGGAAAAAAGUUAAUAGGAGAAUAUUCGCCCGAUUACAAGACCAGAACUUUCCUCAAAUCGAUACCAGCUCUAAUGUCUAAAAUAUCUCUUCUUCACGAUGCUGUUAACAGCGGUAGACUUAAUGAGUUGAAAACGCUUCUGAACGAAGAACAAGAGAAGAAAAAGAAGCUGGUGAUGGCAAAAGAUGAAUCUGGUGUUGGGUUAUUGCAUAAGGCAGUAUAUUAUGAUUUGAAAGAUAUAUAUAAAUGGUUAAUAGAGAAAUAUCCUGCUACAGUAUCAAUGAGAGAUUCGGAAGGUAGAACACCAUAUCACUAUACCCCAAUGUGUAAAGACCCUCUUGGUGUUCAGAAACUUCUUACUAACGCCGGAGCGGAUGUUACUGCCACCGACAACUAUCAACAUACUGCCAAAUAUUACAUGGACCACAAUCAAGAACUAGAACUACCCAGUGGACAAAAAUCCACCACCAUUCCAAGAAAAAACACUACUAAUAAAGACAGUUUAAACUUUAAGAAGUCCAAUAUCAGGAUAUGGAUUCAUCAAAGGAAUAUGGCGAAUUUACAACAAGUCGUAUGGGAAGGUCAUGGUGGGAUGUUGUUAGUGGAACAUAGCAAUAAUCAAAAAAUCAAAAAAUUUCUAGAAGCAGUACCUCACAUUAUGGGCUUGAUCAAAGAUAUUCACUGCGACGUUCAAAACGAUGAUUUGGAAAAACUGAAGGAACGAGUAUGUCCUCCUAUUCCACCGAUUGUUCUCACAGGGAAAGAUGUAAACGGAUUGACACCUCUACAUAAGGCCGCUGGUCUUGAUAAGCAAAAGAUUGCAGAAUAUAUAAUUCAAGAAUAUCCCGAAAGUAUUAACUGCGUAGAUAAUGAAGGUAGAACGCCACUACAUUACGCUGCUUUAUUAAAGGAUAACGGAAACAUGACAAAUUUUUUAAUCGAACAUGGGGCUGACGAAUCGGCUCUCGACCACAAACAAAAAACUGCUGCUUACUAUAAAACACGACAUUCGGAAAUUGAUUCAAAGCUCCUUAACGUUAUUCCGGAUUGCCCAAGAUCAGCUAAAGAAUCAUUCGCUGCAAAUUUUGAUUGGAACAUAUUGACAUCAUCACCAUCAAUGAAUUGGAUUCAAAACGGCUCUAAAAAAGCUUUAGAGAACGUAGAACAAAAAAUUAAUGAUGAAGACAUUGACGACACAGUGGAAAAUCGUGAAAAUCACAGUGGAAAUGAACAAAGCCCAGAACCAGUUCAAAAUGGGGAUCAUAACCUAAAAGAAUCAAAAGAAGACAUCAAAGAAUCGCAUAAUGAACUUAAAGAUAAAACAGAGGCGUCAGAAGAGAAGUCAGAAGAAAUAAAAGAAGAUUCGAAACUUCAGGAAUCACCAAACCACGAAAAAACUUUGGAUCUCAAACCGGAAGUGCACUCUGAACCAGAAAACAAUGUAGAAAAAAAAGAAAUAUCUUCAUUUGACACCGCUCAAGAAACACAUGAGGGAAACAUAUCAGAACAAGAUUUCAUAGAGAAUAAAGAUGAUGUAAUUACGGAAGAAACUACUGAUAAUAAUAACAAUGAUACAGAGGUUACUGAAUCAGUGCACCCCACAGAGGAAAAAAAUGACAUAGAAUUUGUCAAAGAACCAGAAUCCAUACCAGCAAAUAAUAAAACUCGACCAAAUAGUUCGAAUGAAGCGGUAAAAAGCCGUCCCAAUAGUCAAAAAUCCAGACCAAUGAGUAAUGCUCAAGAGAAAUCCAGGCCCAAUAGUAAAAUUUCAGGAAAAAUUGUUCCUCCUGUAGAAGGUGGAGAAGGCAUUAUCGAAGGCAUUGUGGAUGGCAAAAACGAAGUGGAAGCUAUGGAUAAUGAAGUAGAAGCAGGAAAUAUGGAGCAAUUAGCAGCGAUGGUUUUGAACGGAGAUGGAGCAAAAUUAAUAGAUAUGAGUAGUGAAAAUCCGGAGCUGCAAACUUUUUUAGAAAACGUUCCAACUUACAUGUCAAAAAUACAUAAAAUUCACGAAGCAGCAAGAAAUGGCAGUUUAAGAAAUCUUCAAGCAGCUCUGGAUAGGCGCAAGUUUGCUAUAGCAAAAGAUAAUAUUUCUCCAAAAGGAGCAUCGCCACUUCACGUUGCCGUCGUAUUUGGAAACACGAGUAUAGUAAGGUACCUAGCUGGCAGAUUUCCCGAAACUCUUCAAAUGGUAGAUGACGAUGGUAGAACGCCUCUUCACUACGCUGCUAUUUUAAAUGAUAAUGGUCAUUACUACAAUUUAUUAGUUCAUUUAGGAGCGGAUAUGCGUGCAGAAGAUAAGUUUGGUUUCAACCCCGAGUAUUAUAGGAAAAAUCAACAAGAUUUCAAUCACAAAAGUUUGCUUCGAGAUUUUGGAGCCGAAGAAGAUGAAGCUGAUGAAAUUCUUACCGAUAAAGUUGCCAACGAUACACAUUCCGCAAGGAAAAAUUUGGAUGAUGAAGAUAUGAUUGCGGUCUUAGAACGAUGUUAUCACUUAUUACAAAGCAGAAGAGGUUCUACUACAUCAGCGAUAUCCUCAAAUUCGGUAAAUUCAGCUACUAAAGCAGGUCUUUUACUAAGUAAACACCUCAAGAAACAUAUCUUCGAUUCUGUGAAGUUACGAAUUACCAAAUUAGAUAAUAACUUGUACGACAUUAUUUGGCCUAGCGUUAAGAAACUUCCUACAGAUCUUAACUUUAGAACUGCGAUAGGACAAGAUUUUCCUAUGGAAAUCACCAUACCUGAUUUUGAUUGCUACUACGUUUUUAAGGAAUUUUUAGAUCCGAUUAUAAAAGACUACAAUCAUCUUAAUAUUAAUAAAGACUUCCCCGAUCAGCCUAGAAUUAAUUUUAAUGACACGAAAGAAAAUUCUAACAUUGAUAUCAACAGAGAUCUUGAUCCACAAGGUAAAAAUAUUUUAUCAGGUACUUUAGAAACUACUAGAAACCUAGAAGAUUUCGAUUUACCGAAAUCGUUGGGUACAAGUCAACUAGAAGUUGUAGAACGUAUAAUUACAACAGUAUUGAUGAGUAAAGAAGUUGCUAAGGCUCUUUAUCCUUUAACACCCGAAAAUGAAAUCGAUAUUAAAGGUAGUGGGACUUAUUAUACCAUGAACGAAAUCUUAGAGGAACCAUCAGAAGUGAAAAUUCUCUUAGCCAGUAAUGGUUUACUUAUACCCUUGUGGAAUUUACCGGACUCUGAUAGACUACACGGAAAAUACUGGCCAUAUGGAAGAGGAGUAUUUAUCAGUAAUAGUGCUAACUUAGCCGUAUGGAUUAAUGUGUUAGAUCAUAUUAGAAUCAUAACAAGAACUGAUUCUUCUCAUCCUGGAAACGUGGGUCAAGUAUAUUCGAGGAUAUCCAGACUCGCUGUCGUAUUGGAAGACAAGUUGGAUUUUAUAUUCGACGAUAAGUUGGGAUAUUUAUCUGCAAGACCUUCUGCUAUCGGAAAUACUCUACACUUCAACGUAACAUUAAGAUUUCCGCAAUUGAUUAAAGAGCCGGAUAACCUGAAACAUUUGUGUGUUGUGAGAGGACUUACUUACCAUCGAAAUACUAGUACUGGUGACGUAAUUCGUGCUGGUAAUCAACAAUGUUUGGGCAUCACCGAGCUUCAGAGCUUUGAAGAUUUCACCAUGGCGGUAGCUAAUAUAAUACAAUUAGAAAAAGGUCUUGCAAUGUCCAAUUCUCUGCAUAUAGCAACGAUGUUUUUAAAUAUAUUUAAGAAAAAGAAAUUAUCUCAAAAAAAGGUGGCUGCAGAAAAUGGACAUGUUGAUAUGCCGUUUUUUGCUACAGAAGAAGGCCGAUAUUUGGCUUCAUCUUUAGGUGAUCCUUUAAUAAAAGGAUUAACCGAAGUUGCUAAUAAACGUCCAGAAGAUCCUAUCGCCUACCUAGCUCAGUACCUUUACAAUUUCGCAAAUAACAGAAACAAUAUAAAGUCCAGAGGAAAAGUUCAGGAAGAAGUUCAACAAAACAUAAAUGGUGUUCCAAAUGAUGAAGGAAACAAUAAUGUUGUCCCUACAACAAUAGAUGUAGUUACUGUGGAACCUGAUGAAGAUAGCAAAGAUGAGGAAUCUGCAUUCAACCCCACUAGCCGAGAUGAACAUGGCCAGAGUAUGCUACAUUUUGCCGCCGCAAGAUCGCAUGGUCGUAAUGCCUUUUUUCAACUUUUGCAAGAAACAGAAAUUAAUGUUGCCUACAGAGAUGAAUUAUAUAGAACUGCUAGAGAUAUAAGUAUCCAAGCAAACAUCCCAGAUAAUACAGAAGAAAUUGAUAGAUACGUCUUGUAUAUUGCUACGAAAGGAGACACCGAUAAAUUGGUUGAGCUGUUAUUAGAUGGCUACGACCACAUAACCGAUAUAGUUGAUAGCGAUGAUGUGCCUAUAGUUGAAGCGGUUUCUAAAGCAAAUCAGCCCGAUACAGUUUCAUUUUUGCAGUCAAUUCUAGCUUUUGAGGAAAAACGUGAAAGAGUUCAUCAUGCUAUCCGUCAGGGUUCGAUCAAUGACGUAACCGCUCUUCUAGCUGACGAAAAUGAUACAGGCAGCGGCAAACUAUUAGCAAUUGGUAAAAAUAGUUACGGAAGAUGUACACUACACAUCGCUGUUUUGUGUCAACAAGAAGAAAUUGUUGAUUAUUUGGCCAACACCUUCCGUGAAACCUUGAAACUAGGAGACAAUUUGGAAAGAACUGCUCUCCAUUACGCGAUGGGCGUCGAGAAAAUGGAGACUAUUAGUCGAGUCCUCAUUGAAGCUGGUGCCGCAAGGGUUGUGAAGGAUCUUAAGGGAAGACAACCAACGUACUAUUUCUUGAACAAAUCCGACAUUUUGAGAUUACAAGAAGAAGAGGAGACAUUUUGAAUAAAUUGGGGAAGUCUUAUUAACGCUAAUAAAUUUGUUGAUGUCGUUUUUGAAAUAGUAAUUAGACA